UAACCAGCCCCAGUAACCCCACUCUGUGCUGCUCUCACAGACACAAUGACUGCUUUAAUAUGUCUGAUUGCUUUGCUAUUUUCUGGGACAGCUUUUAGCCAAGACAAAACGUAUGUCCUUACAGCACCGAAGAUCUUCCGAGCUGGGACCUCUCAGCAAGUUGUAGUUCAAGCUUUUGGUUACAACGAGGAAUUUCCAGUCAAUAUUGCCCUGAAAAGCUUUCCAGAUAAAUCUACUGUUUAUUCUUCUGGUUUGAUUACUUUAACUCCAGCCAACAAAUUCCAACAGGCUGUAACUUUGACACUUCAACCAAAAGAUUUACCAAGAACUGACAAUUCGGAGAAGUAUUUGUACUUGGAAGCCGUUUCUCCACAUUUUACAAGAGUGAAAAAAAUCCCUGUUUCCUACGAGAAUGGGUUUCUCUUUAUUCACACGGACAAACCAAUUUAUACUCCUGAUCAGUCAGUGAAAGUCAGGGUUUACUCUCUGAAUGAGGAAUUGCAUCCAGCUCAGAGAGAGACUGUCCUGACUUUUGUGGAUCCUGAAGGAGUAGAAGUGGAUAUUUUAGAAGAAAAAGACUUUACUGGAAUAGUUUCUUUUCCUGACUUCAAGAUUCCUUCUAAUCCUAAGUAUGGGAUUUGGAAGAUUGUAGCCAAAUAUAAGAAGGAUUUUGUAACCUCGGCUGUGGCACAAUUUGAAGUGAAGGAAUAUGCAAUGCCAAGCUUUUCCAUCACCAUAGAGCCAGAGAGAAACUUUAUUAGCUCAGAUAAAUUUGAGAGCUUCAGGAUCGCUGUGAAAGCGAGCUAUUUUUAUAACAAAAAGCUUCCAAGUGCUGAUGUUUUCCUUCGGUUUGGAAUAAUCGACAGAGGGGAAAAAAAGAUGAUGCCCAAAGCAAUGCAUGUCACCAGGAUUGAAGAUGGAGUUGCUGUGAUCAACUUCAACAGUAAGGAAGCAGCAAGUUCCAUAGGGUUCCAAAGUCUGGAAGAAUUGGAUGGGUCCUAUUUAUAUAUUGCAGCAUCAGUGUUGGAGUCUAGAGGUGGCCUCAGUGGGGAGGUGGAGUUCUCUGGAGUCAGGUUUGCUGUGUCUCCCUACAAGCUGAGAUUGAUUGCUACUCCUCUCUUUGUGAAGCCUGGCCUUCCCUUCUUCAUUAAGGUGCAGGUGAAGGACACAGUGGAUGAGCCGGUUGGAAAUGUCCCUGUAACUGUCACUGCCAAAUCCCUGAGCGAGCAGAUGGAUGAGACUGAGCUGAUAGCAGAGGGCGCCGAGGCCGGGAGACGGGAAACGAGCCUCGCUGAUGGCACGGCUUUGUUUGUCCUUAAUGUCCCAUCAGACAGCCGAAUGGUGGAGUUUCAGGUGAAAACUGCAGAUCCACGACUUUCAGAUGAAAACCAAGCAAGCAAAACCUACGAAGCCAGAGCUUAUUCAUCCCUGAGUCAGAGUUAUCUGUACAUUGACUGGGCUUCAAACCACAGAACACUGGAAGUAGGGGGUGUAAUAAAUGUGAAUAUUUAUCCACACAGUCACUACAUUAAUAAAAUCCAUCACUACAGCUACCUGAUCACAUCCAAAGGGAAGAUAGUAAGCUUUGGAACUCAGCAGAGAAACCAGGAUUUGGAAUAUGAACAUCUAACGUUUCAGAUAACCCAAGAGAUGGUUCCUUCAGCACGUCUGAUCGUUUACUACAUCGUUACAGGAGAAGAAACUGCUGAGUUAGUGGCUGAUUCAGUCUGGCUGGAUGUGGAGCAGAAUUGUGAGAACAGCCUGGAGGUUAAGCUGCAGCCAAGAGAAGAGACACCGAAGCCAGGGGAGGUUGUAUCACUCACCGUGAAAACACACUUCAAAUCCUUUGUUGCUUUGUCAGCUGUUGACAAGGCAAUAUAUGCAGUCACAGGAAGGAAAAAGAGAGCCAGGGAAAAGAUAAUGCUCCACUUGGAGAAGAGCGACCUGGGCUGCGGGGCCGGCGGGGGCAGGAACAACGUGGAUGUGUUCCGGAUGGCUGGGCUCACCUUCCUGACCAAUGCCAACGCUGAUGACUCCAGUGGAGCAGAUGAAACUUGCAACGAAGUGGUGAGAACCAAACGGUCUGACUUGAAGGAGAAGAUACUCGAAGAAGCAUCCAAAUACAAACGUUUGGACAUCCGGCAGUGCUGCAUGGCCGGGGUCAGGGCAUACCCCGUGACUGAGACCUGCAGUGACAGAGCCCAGAGAAUCCGCAGGAGCCAGAUGUGCAUUUCUGCCUUCAAACACUGCUGUGAAUUUGCCAACAAGCUGAGGCUGCAGGAGCCAAACAAGCUGCUAAUCCUGGCCAGAAUGCAUUUUGAGGCUGGUUUGGAGCUGGAUGAGGCCCAAGUUCGGAGCUACUUCCCUGAGAGCUGGUUAUGGGAAGUUCACCACAUUUCCUCAAGAUUGCCGUUUGUAAUGAAUAGAUGGGCUACCCACCUGUCAAAGACUCUGUCUGUCACCUUGCCUGACUCGCUGACCACCUGGGAAAUACAAGGUGUUAGCAUUUCCCAGAAAGGUAUAUGUGUGGCUACCCCUUUGGAGAUCCAAGUUGUGAAAGAUAUUUUCCUGAGCAUUUAUGUCCCUUAUUCCGUGGUCCGAGGAGAACAAAUUGAGUUGAAAGGAUCAGUUUAUAACCAUAAAGACUCUGCAAUUCAGUUCUGUGUUGCAAUAGCAGCUGGAAGUGGAAUCUGCGCCUUUGGAGACUCGGCAGCCUCCGGGGCUCGGCGGCAGAGCUGCAGGUACAGGAGCCUGGCUGCUGGCUCCUCAGCCCCGCUGACAUUCCAGAUCCUGCCCUUGGAACUGGGGCUCCACACCAUCAACUUCACCCUGCUGAGCCCCGGGAGCAGUGAGAUUGUGGUGAAAACCCUGCGGGUCGUGCCAGAGGGCAUCAAGAAAGAGCUUCAUGCAGGUUUCACUUUGGAUCCCCAGGGUGUUUAUGGUUCAAUCAAGAGACGACAGGAAUUUCGAUACAAAGUCCCCCCGAAUCUGGUCCCUAAAACGGAGCUCGAUAGAAGCGUCAGUGUGAAAGGCCACCUGCUGGGUGAAGUGAUUGCCACAGUGCUCAGUGCCAGCGGGCUCAGGAUGCUGACUGAGCUGCCCAGGGGCAGUGCAGAGGCCGAAUUCAUGAGCUUUGCCCCCGUGUUUUACGUGUUUCGCUACCUGGAGGAGUCGGACAACUGGCAUUUACUGGGCCCUGAAACCUUUAUUGCCAGAACUCAGAUGAGAAGGAAGAUGAAAGAAGGGAUCGUGAGCAUCCUGUCCUUCCAGAACGCCGACCGCUCCUACAGCAUGUGGAAGAACGGGCAAGCCAGCACCUGGCUGACAGCUUUUGCUUUAAGGAUUCUUGGACAAAUGUAUCAAUAUGUCAGACUUGACCAGCUUUCUCUCUGUGAUUCCCUGCUGUGGCUGAUUGAUGACUGUCAAAUGCCAGACGGGUCAUUCAGUGAAUUUUCCAGCUACGAACCAGUGAAACUCCGGGGCAUAUUACCUAGAGAAACUAAAGAAAAAUCUCUGUAUCUCACGGCAUUUUCUAUCAUUGGAAUCGACAAGGCAAUUAAAAUAUGUCCUACUGAGAAAGUCCACAAUGCCAAGAGCAAGGCAGGAGGGUAUUUGAUGGAGAAUGUGCAGUUUGCUCAGAGCCCCUUCACCAUGGCCAUCGCUUCCUACGCCCUGGCUCUCGUGGACCCCGACAGCCACUCGGCACGGACGGCCUUCUCAGAGCUCAAGAGGGAAGCUUUUGUCAUAGGUGACCCUCCCAUCUACAGGUUUUGGAAAGACGCUUUCAAGGCAGAAGAUGAACAAACUCCCAGCUCUUUCACUGCCCAGAUGGUUGAAACCACAGCCUAUGCUCUGCUCACCACUCUGCUGAGAGGGGAUGAAAGCUAUGCCAAGCCAAUCAUCAGAUGGCUCUCUGAGGAACAAAGACAUGGGGGAGGGUUUUAUUCAACUCAGGACACAAUCAAUGCCCUUGAGGCCCUGACCGAAUAUUCCCUCCUUGUCAAACGGCUCCACUUGGACAUGGAUGUGAAAGUGUCCUACAAAAACGGUGGAGUCCUGAGCAUCUUCAAACUGACAGAAGAUCAUUUCGUGGGAAGAGCUACAUCAGCACCUUUGCAUGAUGACAUCUAUGUGAGCACUGGCAGCAGCACUGGCAUAGCUACAGUAAAUGUGAGGACAGUGUACAACACAAUGGGCACUUCUGAAGACCACUGUAACUUUGACCUGAAGAUUGCUCCAAAGACAGAUCAUGGUCACCAAAGAAGAGAAGAGGAGCCACAGUGGUACCUGGAGGCUUGUGCAAAGUACAGGCCCAGUGCGAGGGAGCCCCGUUCGGGGUCUGCUCACACCGUGAUGGACAUCGGGCUGGUCAGUGGAGUGGAAGCAAAUCCAGAGGAUUUAUCUACUCUCGCAAGUGGCAUUGACCAGCUGAUAGCAGAUUAUGAGAUAAAGGACGGGCACGUUAUCCUGCAGAUUGACUCUGUGCCAGCUGACAGGUUCCUGUGCGUGGGGUUCCGGAUCAGCGAGCUGUUCCGGGUGGGAAUGCGGAACCCUGCCACCUUCACCGUGUACGAGUACCACGCACCAGAGAAAAGGUGCACUGUGUUUUACAACCCCUAUGGAGAUGAAAAGCUGGUGAGAUUGUGUGAAGGAGAUGAAUGCAAAUGCAUGGAAGCUGAGUGUGGUAAAGUCCAAAAGAGACUUGAUGAGUCCAUAACUGCUGAGAGCAGGACAGAAGCUGCCUGUCAGAGGGACAUUGCAUAUGUUUACAAAGUGAAGGUCCUGUCCCGCAGCGAGGAAGGGGCUUUUGUCAAAUAUUCUGCAGCUCUUCUGGAUCUCUUCAAAAGAGGGCAGGCUUUUGCUCAAAAAAAUGACGAAGUAACCUUUGUUAAGAAGAAGACCUGUGCAGAUGUGGAACUGAGCCCAGGAGAGCAGUACCUGAUCAUGGGCAAAGAAGCCUUAAAGAUCAGCAUUGGUUACAGUUUCAAAUUCCAGUACCCUUUGGACUCCAGCACUUGGAUUGAGUGGUGGCCUUCAACUCCAGCCUGUGACUUGUGUGGGGAGUUCCUAAAGACAAUGGAAGAUUUUGCUGAUGAUCUCAUGAUCAGUGGCUGCUGAUUUACUUGGAGAGCUUUUAAAUUAAAAAUCCAGAUCAAAUCUCAUGCAAAAAAAAAAAAACCAAACCAAAAACAACCCUCACCUGUUUAGCAAUUCUUCCUUGAACUGAAAUUCCUGAAUAGUUCCCUUGAAAAAUGAGCUUUGCUUGUGUUUUAUAGCAAUGUUGUUACGUUGUGAUGCUCAGAUAGGAUUUUUCAGCUUGGCUGGGAGAAGAACAUGGAAUGCUGCAAAGAAACCUGGAGUCAGAUGGAGUGGAUGAACUGUAAAAACACACAUGGAAAGUGCUGGCUUGUCCCUGAAUCCCAGGUCUCAUUAAAACACAAAUAUUUGCAGCCAUUUUGUAAA